AUGAUGGAGAAAUUGUCCAUGGGGAUGGGAAAGCCAAUCCCACCAACGCUUCCCGACCAAGACAUAUAUACAGCCGAGUUCGAAGAAACAAAUGAUCCGCUGCAUCCCUACAACUGGAGCCGCGCCGCCAAACUCUUCGCCUCUAUCCUGGUCUGCCUCGGGACGUACAUCGUGUCCUUCGCCAGCGCCGUCUUCGCGCCCGCCACCCAGACGGCCAGCAACGACCUCGGCGUCUCGAGGGAGGUCGCGACCCUGGGGACGACCCUGUACGUGCUGGGCUUCGCGGCCGGGCCGGUGGUCUGGGCGCCCUCGUCGGAGCUCUGGGGCCGCAGGUGGCCGCUGACCAUCUCGAUGCUCGCCGGCGGCGUCUUCACCGUCGGGUCGGCCGUGGCGCGCGACAUCCAGACGCUGGCCGUGUGCCGCUUCUUCGCGGGCGCCUGCGGCGCGGGCCAGCUCACCGUCGUCCCGGGGGUGCUGGCCGACGUCUUCGACAACACCUACCGCGGCGUCGCCAUCUCGCUGUACGCCCUGUGCGUCUUUGGCGGGCCCUUCACGGCGCCCUUCGUCGGCGGCUUCGUCACGUCCAGCCACCUGGGCUGGCGGUGGACCCUCUACAUCCCCGCGAUAUUGAGUUUUGCCAAUGGGGGCAUCUCGCUCUUAUUCCUGCGGGAGACGUACGCGCCGUGCAUUCUUGUCGAGAAGGCCGCUGCGCUCCGCCGGCAGACUGGGAACUGGGGGAUCCAGGCCCAGCACGAGAGGGUUGACGCGGACGCGAGGGCGUUGGUCGAGAAGUAUUUUACUCGGCCGUUGGUCAUGCUGGUGACGGAGCCCGUCAUUCUUUUUGUGUCGAUGUACAUGUCGUUCAUCUACGGGCUCGUCUACUCUCUUCUCACUGCCUACCCCAUCGUCUUCGAGGAUGUCCAUGGCAUUGCCCCAGGAGUGAGCGGUCUUCCGUUCCUUGGCCUCCUUAUAGGACAAGUGCUAGCCCUCGCCUUCAUUCUUUCGAAACACUCGAACUACGUCAAGAAGCUGGCGGGGAACGGGAACGUGCCAGUUCCUGAGUGGCGCUUGACACCUAGUCUGAUAGGGGCGCCCAUAUUUGCGGCGGGUAUUUUCUGGUUCGGUUGGACUGGAUUCGACCCUGACAUUCAUUGGGCUGCGCCCACCCUCGCAGGCUUGUUCACUGGGUUUGGCAUUCUAUGUGUCUUCCUACCUUGCUUCAACUAUCUGGUCGACGCGUAUCUGCCCCUGGCCGCAUCAGCAGUUGCUGCCAACAUUAUGCUCCGCUCGGCGAUUGCAGCAGGGUUCCCGCUCUUUUCCAGGCAGAUGUUCAAGAACCUGGGUGUACAGUGGGCCUGUACUCUGCUCGGUUGCCUGGCGGUAGUCAUGAUCCCGAUCCCUUUUGCAUUCAGGAUUUAUGGCCCGCGGCUGAGGAUGAAAAGCAAGCUCCUCCAACAAGCAGCAGCGUAG